AUGCAGUCACCGGUGGAGCACGGGGAGAAAUCUCCUAACCAGCAGCAGCCCGAGCCGAUCACCCACGGCGACGAUGCCGCCAUAUCGACCCCAUCCCCGCCGAACACCAACACUACCACGCCACCGAUCGCCCCAGCCGCAGUCGAGUCGCACCCCCAGGCCGCGGAGAUAAUUCGACAGGUAGAGUACUACUUCAGCGAUGAUAACCUCCCCCACGACGCCCAUCUUCUCUCCAAAACCGGCCCCUCCGGUCAAGAAUGGGUGUCCCUCAACGAGAUCUUGAGCUGGAAGAAGAUGCGCAGCUUCAAGCCGCCAGCUCGUGUGAAGGCAUCUCUCUGCCAGAGCGAGAAGCUCGAGGUGUGGAAGAACAAGUUCAUUCGUCGCAAGGAGCCACUCAAGGUGCCCACUCGAGAAGACCCCAAGAAAGCCCGAAACAAGGAGCUCGUCGAGAAGCCGUGGCUUACGAAGAACUUCCUCAAGCCGACGGGAUUCGAGAAGAACUUUGUCGACAUCGUUACUCCCACCGAGUACGAACAAGAGCGCACCCUCUUCGACCCAGACGAGUCUUUCACCUCCCGCAUGGACAGUGCCGUCGCUCGGUACAUGUCCAAGCGCAAGAUACACCAGCUGACGCUCCAAAUCUUCUCCAAGUUCCUCACGUUCGGCGGAUUCAGCUCGGGCCCGCACCAAUUCACUGGAGGCUUGACUGAGCAGGACAUGAAAGAGAUGGAGUUGGACAGGGAGCAAGUUGUGCUGAUGAAGUCGCCAUUUGCAGUGUCCUCCGCCGUUAUUGACGGUAUCGACCCCGAGGACGGCGAAGUGACGUGGGUUGUGGACUUCGAAGGCAUGGCCAAGGCAUUUCUGUCCUCCCACUUCAUGGCGCAUUUCGAUUGGCAGGACGCGAAGAUUGUCGAGUCCACCACCAACAUUCUCUGCAACUUCUACAACUACCUGCUCGUCCACGACGUCUGCCCAGAGUACAAGCAACAGAUCAUGAAGGCUCGUCAAGUGUGCGAGAUGGCCGAUCAAGAGUUCAAGACGCUCGCCCAGGCCAACAAGCAUCUACCAGGCAACUUCAACAUCGCCUGCUCCACUCGCUGUGGUGGGAGGUACGCUUCGAUCCGGCCUGCCGAUCCAGGUGCCGACUGGGUGUUGGAAGGAGACACGAUCGGACUCUCCGAUGAGGACGCACUGCAUGUCUUCACCACUGGCAUCUUCGCUCAUGGCAGUGAGGAGUGUCUGAACAACCUCCAGAAGGUCAUGAAGCAAGAGCUUCAACUCGCCGUCAUCUCUGAAGAGGAGAUGGGUCUUGAAGUCGUGCGUGUUGAAGAGUGCGCUGGCCAAGCCGAGGUCAUCUACAGCAGUGAUCAAGUCAAGGGCACCGUCAUCAAGCCUACGGGUAAGUUGCACUGCAUCCGUUGGGAUCUUCCGCACCGGGCGCCAAAAGACCUCCCCAAGAGCGUCAUAGCAGAACAGAAGGCCAAGAUCGGCGAGAAGUACGAGUUCCUGGUCGAAGAUGAAGUCCUCCAAUACUGCUACCCAGGUCUGAAGUUGGAGGGCAUUGUCAAGGAGCUCAACAUCGGCGUCAAGUGGAUCGACUCGAUUGAGUACGUCUAUCCAAGCUUCCACACCUGGACGCUCAAUGAGCCCUUUCGAGACUGGAAGGAGCCUGGCCCGCCCAAGGCGUGGAUGCUACGUCAGAUGGAGAAGAAUAACGGAGUUGGAGGGCAGGUUGUCAUCCGUGAGCCUGAGGAGGAUAUUCCUGAUUGA